AUGGGACAGGGCAGAUUGCGAAACAAAGCCGCUAUUGUGACCGGCGGAGGCUCUGGAUUUGGGGAGGGAAUCGUCCACAAAUUCAUUCUCGAGGGCGCCAAUGUGAUCAUUGUCGAUAUCAAUCGGCUAGAAGGACUACGAGUGCAGAAUAAUGAGCCACCAGGACGCGCUAUCUUCGUUAAGGGAGAUGUAUCGAGUGAGCCUGAUUGGAAGAUGGUGCGUGAAGUGGCACUUGAGAAGUUUGGGAAGAUUGACAUCGUGGUCAAUAAUGCUGGCAUUGUUCAUGAAGUUCAGCCAUCUCUCGAAACAUCCGAGGACAUGCUGGACCGCAUGUACAAAGUCAAUGUCAAGAGUAUCUAUCACUCAGCCAAGACUAUUGCUCCCUACUUUCAGGCCCAGGGUGGGGGUGUUUUUGUGAAUAUCUCAAGUAUGAGCUCUAUUCGCCCUCGGCCGAAGUACGCUUGGUACUCCGCUACGAAAGGGGGUGUGAGGGCGGUAUGUCUGUUCCUAUCUUUUCACUUCUACGUGUGGAGAUUGUCUUACGAUAAAAUGAGCGCAGGCGACCAAGAGUCUGGCUGCAGAAUUUGCGAAGGAUAA